CGGGCGGUGCCCUGAGGCGGAGCGGGAGGGGAGGGCCCCGCGCCCCCUCAGCUGAGCGCGGGCCCCGCGGACCGGGGGAUGCGCCGGGAUCUGCGGACAGUUUUAGUUAUGCAGUUAUGCAUCCUCGUUAUGCAGAUCAUCCCACCAAGGUUGUUGCUGACAGCGAAGGCCUUCCUCUCAAAGCUGUUUAAAUGAGAAUGUCCCUGGCGCAAAGAGUGCUGCUGACAUGGCUUUUUACCUUACUCUUCCUGAUCAUGCUGGUGCUGAAGUUGGAUGAGAAAGCACCGUGGAACUGGUUCCUCAUUUUCAUUCCAGUGUGGAUAUUUGACACAAUUCUCCUCGUUAUGUUAAUUGUAAAAAUGGCUGGACGCUGCAAGUCUGGCUUUGACCCCCGCAAUGGCUCCCAGAACAUGAAGAAGAAAGUCUGGUACCUCAUUGCCAUGCUGCUGAAAUUGGCCUUCUGCCUGGCGCUGUGUGCGAAGCUGCAGCGAUUCACCACCAUGAAACUGGCCUACGUGUUCAUCCCGCUCUGGGCCUUGCUGCUUGGGGGCAUGGUGGAACUUGGAUAUAACAUCUUCUAUGUACGAAGAGACUAGGCUGUGCCAGCUGGCUUCCAGUGCCAAGACUGGCACCAAAUUACUAGAUUAUUACCAUUUUGCCACAAAUUUGAUCUUCAAACUAGAAAGCCAAAUGAGUCAAGCUGGAGACUUAAGCUAAAGCAGACUGAAGACUGAAAGUAGACGUGUUUCAUUUUUUUUAUUUUAAAACUCACAUAUGCUCUUGUAAAUAAAAGUAUUUGUUCAACAUAAGCUGUUCUAAUAUGAUUACUGGUAUUUGUUACAUGGAACAAGAUAUGGGUUCUUUGUGUGCAGGUAGAAGACCUUGUCAAAGAACCCACAAAUAUUCUACCCAGAGUAUUCAGCACAUUGAGUAAUCCUGGGAAAGAGGACUGACAUUUUCUGCUACUCAUGCUGUAAGUCAAGAAAUAACCAGUUAUUUCCAUAAGGAGCUAAAUUUGCUUUAAAAAUCAGUAACAAUUGACAGCAGCCAAAUAAGAGCAAGAAAAGGAAUAAAGUAAUACACUUUUUUUUUUUUUGACAGUGAGAUUCCAUUACCAGUGUAAAAAUAAGCAGUUUUCUAAGCUGCUGAAACAGCCCUUAACCAGUAUGUUACCUUAGGGAACACACUUGGUAGCUGAGCUGUGCCAGCAGUCCUGAGAUCCAGAGAAGAGGGAGACAAUGAUGAUUCCUUUCCAAGUGAGACAUCAGCAAUGUUGCUAGAGACUGAAAAUACAGGGUGAGUAUACAAUACUGCAUUUAUACCUGCCCAAAGUGGUACUUGAACAAGACAGUUUUCAGUAGCCAAGGAUAUGAAAUUUUUGGGGGUGAAGCCUUGGCUUCAUGGAGCACUAGCAAACUCAGAUGUGAGGAAAUGACCUUUUCCAGGUAACAAGCGAAUAGAACUUCAGGGAAGAACUGGAGCUACAAGUGUAUUUUGUGGACUGAAGUGCUCUUCCAGGAGAUACAGUAACACCAAAUUCAAAUGUAGCAGUUAUCUGGGACAUUAUUAACAAGCACGCUGAAAGUACUGAUCCAUUCCUAGAGACAAAAGAACGGCAAGUGAAUGAAAAACAGUCUAGGGUAACAGGACAUACCUAGACAAGCGUCUCACUAAUAAAAUGAUAAGUAUGUACAUUCAA